AUGUCAGAUAUCAUUAAGCCGGUUCCUCUGGCGGAAGGAGCUAAGUCAAAUAGCUUCCUCGACAAGAUAGCUCAGUUCACAAUCGGCAAUAGCCGGGGAGAAUUACCUUCAAAGGAAGCUGGAGCUGCGGAGCAGACUUCCCCGGCAGAACCUCUGACGAAAUGGCAAAGGCUCAAGCUCCAUUACGGGCGAUUUUGGAUCUGCUAUCUCAUCCUAUUGAUCGUUGGGUUGGCUAUUCUGCUGCCGAUCCUGCUCAUCUUCAUCAUUCCAGCUAUUGCUCAAGAUCUGCUCAACUCAGGCUCCAUCGUCAUUGAUGCCGCUUCGAUUUUACAGCCUACUAGCGCCUCUGUCCUGCUCAACAUCUCCUCGCACGUCUAUGUUCCUGGCCCCUUCACCGUCAAAACGGAUCCACUGCAGCUGCAAAUAUUCGUACCGCAAACUGGUUCCGAUUACCUGAUGGCUACGCUGAAUAUGCCCGCGAACUCGAUUCACAAAAAUACCAGCAUGAACAUGGAUGGCUCCCAAUUCACCCCUUUCGAAAACUACACCUCGUGGCAAGCCUUCGUCCACAACACUAUUUUCCUAGACGAUGGUGGUUUGGGAUUGAAGGGCCACGUCGGCACGCAAUUGGGUCAGAUCAAAAAAUUUAAUUUGGAUAUAAAUAAAGUUGCUCCCUCCAAAGCAUUAAACCAAUUCAAAGGAUUCAGCAUUGAUUCGGCACGCCUGCUACUCCCUGCUGAAAGUGACGGCACCAAUCUUCUUGCUAAUGCAACUUUGCCUAACCAGUCUGUCCUGACGCUGGAAAUUGGAAACACCACUGUGGAUAUUCUAAGCGGCAACCUCAUCAUAGCGACGGGUUUGAUCGAGAACCUGUAUCUAACCCCAGGAAACAACUCAUUUUCCAUCCGUGGAAAGGCCAACCUAACCAACCUUAUCGCCAACAUCGGCGAAGUCCUCACGUAUCAGGGCCCAUAUAUUAGGGACGGCAAGCUCUCACUGACCACUAAGGUCACCAACAUCAAGUACAAUAGCUCCACGGUGCCCUACUAUACCGAGGAGAUGGGUAAGUUACACCUGACAGCGCAAACGCCUUUGAUCGGCCUCCUGCUCAACACCAUCACCGGUUUGCUACAAGGUUCCGGAUUAAAUUCCACUCUUGUUCAGGAGGUCAAGGAUAAAUUGCAUGGUGACCAUGGCAAUCUGCAAUCCCAGCUUGGCGAUCUGGUCGACAAUUCGACCGAAUUGGAGUCGCUUACUAGACGCCAUUUAGAAGACCUAGUCAUAUUGUCAGGGCAAUAG